AACUUUGUAAGAAAGAAAAAGAAAGAAAACUGCAAGAAAAUUUUCCAUUUUAUUUUCUUUCUUUUUCUCUCUUCUUAUUAUAAUAAUUAUUAUAAUUACCCCAAACACAUCAAUUUAUACCCAUCACAUACAUCCAUCUCAAUAUAACCACGCAUUCUUGAAAGUUUGGUGAAGUUUUUGAGUAUUUUUUCUUGAAUUUUGUUGGGUUUCUUGAGAAGAUAAAUGGGUGUUAUUUGAACAAGAAGUUCUGAUACGGGGUUGUUUUGCAAUUUAGAAUUUUUAUAAAUGUCGACAGAACAAGUAGGAUCAUCAUCAUCGUCACCAUUCUCUGUAGUUUCUGUUGUGGAAGAAAUUCUUCAACAGCAUGGAAAUGGAACCAGCAGAUCAAGAGAUUUUGAUAUGGUCUCAAGAAAAGCUGAUGAACCUUCACUUAGAAGAUAUGAAGCAGCUUGCUGGAUCAGAAAAAUGGUGGGAGUUGUUGGAGGGAAAGAUUUACCAGCAGAGCCAUCAGAAGAAGAAUUCAGGCUGGGAUUGAGAAGUGGAUUAAUAUUGUGCAUUGUUCUUAACAAGGUUCAACCUGGAGCAGUGCCAAAGGUUAUGGAAUUGGCUAGUGAUUCUGUGAUUAAUCCUGAUGGAGCAGGUGGUGCUCUCUCUGCAUUUCAGUAUUUUGAAUAUGUUAGAAAUUUUCUUGUCUCUGUUGAGGAAAUGGGGCUUCCUACUUUUGAAGCCGGUGAUCUCGAACAGGGUGGAAAAUUUGCUAGGAUAGUGAACUGUAUAUUAGCACUGAAAUCAUACAAUGAGUGGAAACAGAAUGGUGGAACUGGUAUAUUUAAAUAUGGUGGAAGUUUCAAACCAUUAAACAGUGGAACUAUCAAACCUUUCAUGAGAAAAAUUGCAGACUCUACAAGAAGUUCUUCAUUAGGCAGCAAUGAUCACUCUUUCUUGAAUGAUCUCAGCCAUGAACUCAAUGAAUCGAAUUCAUCUCGUUCGUUGCAUAUGCUAGUUCGUGCUGUUCUUGCUAAUAAGAAUCAAGAAGAAAUACCAAAUAUUGUAGAAUCUAUGCUGAAUAAAGUCAUGAAGGAGUUUGAAACGCGAUUAGCAAGCCAACAAGAAUUGAUCAAAAGUGAAAUGACACCAUCUACCCCUGACAUGUCUCUUCAAAGAAGUACUUCUAGUGAUUCAAAGAUGGAAGAAGAAACUUCUUCACCAAUCACAUCAAGAGAUGCUUCCCCGAAAAUCAGAACAGAGGAGAGUUUUGAACAAAAAGACGAUCAUGAUCAAGAAUCGAACAUUCAGCUUAUGAAACAGAAAAUGUUGGUUGAACAGCAGCAGAGUGAUAUUCAGGAAUUGAAGAACACUCUUCACACUGCAAAAGAAGGAAUGCAGUUAUUGCAGGUUAAACAUCUAGAGGAGUUCAACAGUCUAGGAAAGCACAUGCGGAGUCUAGCUCAUGCUGCUUCAGGAUACCAGAAAGUGCUUGAAGAAAACCGCAAGUUAUACAACCAAGUGCAGGACCUAAAAGGAAAUAUUAGAGUAUACUGCCGAGUGAGACCAUUCUUACCUGGCCAGCAAAGCCGUUUCAGUACUGUGGAUCACAUAGAAGAAGGAAACAUUACAAUCCUGACUCCCUCAAAAUAUGCAAAAGAGGGAAAGAAAUCAUUUAGUUUCAAUAAAGUUUUUAGUCCUAUGGCGACUCAAGAGGAAGUAUUCUCAGACACUCGGCCUUUGAUACGAUCAGUUCUUGAUGGUUUUAAUGUGUGUAUAUUUGCAUACGGCCAAACAGGAUCUGGAAAAACUUUUACUAUGACUGGCCCCAAGGAACUUACAGAGGAAAGUCUAGGUGUAAACUACAGGGCAUUGAGUGAUCUAUUUCUUCUACAAGACCAAAGAAAGGAAAUUAUUUGCUAUGAAAUCUCAGUGCAGAUGCUCGAAAUCUACAACGAGCAAGUCAGAGAUUUGCUUGCUAAUGAUAGUGUUAAUAAAAGAUUAGAAAUUCGCAACAGUUCUCAGAAUGGAAUUAACGUACCAGAAGCGAGCCUUGUGUCCGUAUCUUCACCAUCUGAUGUUCUAAAUUUGAUGGACAUUGGACACAAGAACCGUGCAGUGAGUGCUACAGCAAUGAAUGAUCGGAGCAGUCGGUCUCACAGCUGCCUGACAGUUCAUGUUCAAGGAAAAGACUUGACAUCUGGAGCUACAAUUCGUGGUUCUAUGCACUUGGUUGAUCUAGCAGGAAGUGAACGCAUCGAUAAAUCUGAGGUGACCGGGGAUAGAUUGAAAGAAGCACAACAUAUCAACAAAUCUCUUUCGGCAUUAGGAGAUGUCAUUUCGUCUCUCGCACAAAAGAGCUCUCAUGUUCCUUACAGGAACAGCAAACUCACACAACUACUUCAAGAUUCACUCGGAGGACAAGCGAAGACUCUGAUGUUUGUACACAUAAGUCCUGAGACUGAAGCUACUGGUGAAACGAUUAGUACUCUAAAAUUCGCUGAACGAGUUGCCACGGUUGAGCUGGGUGCUGCUAAAGUUAAUAAAGAUAGUGGUGAAGUGAAGGAACUCAAAGAUCAGAUUGCUAACCUAAAGGCGGCCUUAGCCAGGAAGGAUACAGACUCAGAGCAGCAUUCACAGCAUUCCAGAUCCAGCACCCCGGAAAGACACAGGCUGAGGAUGGGCGGACAUUCUGGUUCGUGGCAUAGCGUUGGAGAUAGUAAUAGUCGCAGGGAAUCACUUGACAAUGCUAGUAAUCCCGAGAUGAGGAACUGCAAGUCUUCAAUCCAGAGAAGACGAAGCUUGGACAUCAAUGAACUGCGAAUGAAUUCACCUCCUUGGCCACCCGUCGGCCUUGUUGUACAGAACGGGAAGGAAGACGAUAAGGAAUCAGCGUCUGGGGACUGGGUAGAUAAGGUGAUGGUGAACAGACUAGACAAUCUCAAUGGAGAAGAAAAUCUUUUAGGACAAUGGGAAUUAGACAAUAGACAAUUACCAGAGCCAUUUUUUUCAGAACCUUCAAAGAUUUACCAGGAACAAAUAUCUUUUAGUAACUCUAAAUCUCCAAAAAAGAUCAAAGAUAGCCCAGAAUUACACGAUGCACAGAGUCGGCGGUUCGAUGCAAUAUCUACUGAUGGUUCUGAAGAACUUGAGGCUGGAACUAGUGAUUCUUCUGAACCAGAUUUGCUAUGGCAAUCUAAUCUUUCAAGAACAAACACCAUUCCUAAUGGGGUCGGAUUCAAAUCGAAAAAGACUCUUGAUAAGGGAUUGAGAAGACCAGAAACAAAGAGUUUAAUUCCGUCACUAAUUCCGUCGCCAUCGAAGAAACCAAGCGGAGUGAGUCCAGUAAAAAACAAGACUGUAAGACCGAUAGUUGGUUCUGAUAUUAAGAGAAAAACUAGCCGGGCAAAGUGAGAAUUCCGGCCGGACUUGCUCAAGGAAGUGGCCGGCCGGCUUCAUGAUCUUUUUUUUUUGUGUAUUUAUUAUUUAGUUGUAGGUGAAAAGAAAAGAAAAAACAGAGUUUUUCAAUUUUAAUUUUUUUUUUAAAAGGCAAUAGCCUUAAAUUUUUAUUAGGUGGAGAUUCUAAACUGUACUAUGCAAUCCCACCCUAUUUGUUUAUAAUGGUGUUGGUAUUGUGAAUCUUUUUUUUUUAUAACAUUUAUUUUUCAUUUGAAGUUGUUAAUAUCAAGAAAAUUUCAGCCA